AGUUGAGAUAUGCUUAUGAGAGAUCAUAAACAUAGAAGAGGCAGACCACGAAAGCCUUUGCCUUCAACAACCAUGGCAGAUAAACCAAGAGAAGAAAGAUCGUACAAGGACUUUUUUCCUGAUCUAGACAUUAGGGAACCUUUGACAAUUCUGAAGGUGUCUCCUCUUUCUUCUUUACACACGCUCCAUCAAGAAGUAGAAAAACCCGAACCAAACAGACAAGAACACAAAUUACCUGUGGCUUCUUUUCAGAUCAUACAGCAACAACAGAAAGGAAAUCAAGAUUAUUUCGAAAGACCUGAUCAUUACAUUCGCUAUGCAGAACCCUUAGAAGCAGACUUGUUUAAUACGAUUGAAUAUGAUAUGGAUGAGCAAGACCAAGUAUGGCUUCAGAUAUACAACAAGGAACGCAAAAAAGACCAACUAGGAGAGAUUUCAAGCGAACUAUUUGAAGCCAUGAUGGACCAAAUAGAAAAAGAAUGGUUUAAUCUUGUCAAGAAUUUACCGAAAAAGACAGCAGAAGAACCCACUUUACCUGAAGAUUCGAAAUGUGCUGUCUGUGAUGAUGGUGAAUGUGAGAACAGUAAUGCGAUUGUAUUUUGUGAUGGUUGCAAUCUGGCUGUUCACCAAGACUGUUAUGGUAUUCCUUAUAUUCCUGAAGGUCAAUGGCUCUGUAGGAAAUGUAUGAUUUCACCUGAAAAUCCCGUCUCUUGUCGGUUCUGUCCUAAUGAAGGUGGUGCAUUUAAACAGACAACGACCAACCAAUGGGGUCAUUUGUUAUGUGCUAUUUGGAUUCCUGAACUCAGUCUGAGCAACAGUGUCUAUAUGGAGCCAAUUGAUAACAUUGAAAGCAUCCCUAAAUCACGCUGGAAACUGACAUGUUAUAUCUGUAAGCGAAAACACGGUGCUUGUAUUCAGUGUGAUAAUAAGCAUUGCUUUGUUGCAUUUCACGUGACAUGUGCUCGAUGGGCGCGUCUUUGUAUGCGCAUGAAACUGCAUGGAACGCACUAUGAUGGUGUAGUCCUGAAAGCUUAUUGCGACCGACAUACCCCACGCGACUAUUAUGGCGGUACAACACUUGUUCAACAAGCACAACGAUGGUUUUCAAAGCAUAAACAUACCAUGCCUCGAAAGCGUUAUGUGGAUGAAGAGGAACAAGAAGACCCAAAAAAGAAAAAGAAAGUGUCUUAUAAAGCCGCAAGAGCACACCAGCACCACUACCAUACAACAACAGGUGCUCCCAUUGCGCCUGAAUACAUUCUUAACAAAUUAGAGCAUUUACCAUGUGUACAAAAAGAAACCAAGGUCAAGAAGAAGGCAAUGAUGGUAGCCAGUAUCUGUAAAUAUUGGUCACUUAAGCGAGAAUCCAGAAGAGGAGCUCCUUUAUUAAAGCGGUUACAUCUGGAGCCAUGGACUGCUUCUGCUUCUCAACUGAAGCAAUCUGAAGUAGAAAAAGCACAAAAGGCAUCUGCUCUAAUGACCUUGAGAGCAGACCUUGAAAGAGUAAGAAUGUUAUCUGAACAAGUACAGAAACGAGAAAGACAAAAACUAGAGAGAAUUCGCAAACAAAAGGCUUAUCUGGAAAUGAUCUUUUACCCUAUUGAAUGUAUCAUUCAGUCUGUAUUAGAUCAAUUGAUUGAACUGGACAAAAAAGAGCUAUUUAGAUACCCUGUCACGAAAGAAAUAGCACCCGAUUACCACCAGAUCAUUCAGCAGCCCAUGUCAUUUUCAGACAUCAUACAGAAAUUAAGCACACACUCGUAUCUCUCUCUGGAUGAAUUUGAACAAGAUCUGUGUCUUAUAUGGAAAAACAGUAUGCUAUACAACAAAGCAGACACGCCUUACUUUAAACUGGCUCAAAAACUAGAGAAGAUAAUGCAGGAAUUACUGGUUCAUGCAAGAGCAAGCUAUCAACAGUUCAAUGUGAACCAUGGUCUAUUGAAUGUAGAGAUUGACCCAGCUAUCUUUUCUUAUGGUCAACCAGCCACGAUACCCACUCAACCAUGGCCAGAAAAGCGUCCUGUUGAUAUCGAUCAAUCUCAAAGAGAGCCUAAAAGACGUCGUACAAGUUCAGUGGCUCAAGAAGAACCAAAACCCAAAGUAAAACGAGUGACACGUAGUGCGACUGAAAAGAAUAAGCGAUCAUUACGAUCAAGAGGUGUUGUGACAGACUUGUUACCACUGCCUGUUAAAAAAAGAACACUUAAGCCAAAGAAACCUAUCGUUCGAUUUGUGAAUGGAGAAACUGUAUGGGCUCAUGUACGUGGAUUCCCUCCUCAUCCAGCACAGAUUGUGGAUCUCAAAUCAACCGACAAAAAUGUACCAGAGCGUGUUGCUGAUCUACAAGCUGAAUUUCCUGGUAAAAUACUAGUUGCUUUCUAUCUUGUGAGUGAAGCACAUACAUGGUAAGUCAAUGGAACUGUCAUGCCAUAUUGAUUGUCCUUUUAGGGGUUGGAUGAAUAAGUCAGAAAUCCAUGUAUUUGGUCAAUUGGAGACAGAUGUUGAUAUGCUACUACAGGCUAAAAAGACCAAGAAACAACAUCGUAUUCGUGAAGUAAAGAAUGGCUACCGACAUGCUUGUCAAUUAGUAAGCAUUGAUCCAGAACCUGCUUUAUCUGCUGUAUUUACUGCGAAUAAAAAAUAAAAUGCAAGGGGAUUUGAACUUU